CGUUGCCUCACGUGGUAUCACAGAUGAUUUCCUGUGGCAAUGUUUAUGUCAGUUUCUCGAGGCGAUCGGAGAAUAUGAACCCCUAAAGAGUGAGCGGAGAACGGCGGCUCCAAGCCGAGAUGGCCGAACCCAGCUCGAUCCCAAUCCAGGACGAAAACAACUGUCCAAUUAAAGUGGUCCACGACCGCAAGAGAAGGCAAUUCCAGGUCCGGCUGAACGAUUCACACGAGCGGGCAGUGCUUUUGUAUGAGUAUGUGGGAAAGAAAACCAUUGACCUGCAGCAUACUGAAGUCCCUGAUGCCUACAGAGGAAGAGGAAUAGCAAAGCUCAUGGCUAAGGUAGCCAUGAAACCAAGAAACACCAUGGGUGCCAUUUCAGAGAGAAACAGCAAACACACCUUCCCGGCACAAAAGAAGAAUGUCAACACCAUCAUCAACCGCCCGAAUGAAACAUAACAAAGAUAUUGGGCCCCAAAUCCCCAUUCCCUGAACACAAAAAAAAACUAACAAAAAUCGAACAAGAACAUUGUCUCCCAAACCCCCUCCCCCGCACAAAGCGCAUCAAGAACAUCAGCCUCCAAAUCACCCUCUCCCCACACAAAAACAAAACAGGUAGAUAAUCCCCAAACCCACCCCCGCUCCUUCACAAAACGUCACAAGAACAU